AUGGCUUCCAGGCAUGGCAUUGACGGGUCCUCGGUUUCCAGGCAUGGGGUCCUCGGACAAGUGGAGGAAGGAAAAAGAAGAUUCCUGAGAGGGGAGGAUGGAAGGAAACAUCAAACCAGAGUUGAAGGGAAAGUUUGUCCUGGAAUUAGGAGUGCUGCUGGAGGAGAUUUGGGAGUAGGAGAGGGAGGAGGAGGAGGAGGAGAAAGAGCAUUUGAGGAGGAGGCAGAGAAGGUGGCUCCAAAGGACUUCUCGCUGGGUCCUACAACGAAGGACCCAGGACGACUCCUGAUGACGGCUACGACAAAGGGCGUCUUCAUCAUUCCUUCGUCUUUCUACCGGUAUCCAGCUAACCCUCUCCCCCUCCUCCUCCUCCUGCUCCUGCUCCCUUUUCCAUACUUUCCACUCCUACUCCUCCCCCUGGCACCUCCUCCUCCUACUCCUCCCCCUCUGGACCGCUUCUCCAUUCCAAGACGCUGGAAGACACAAGCAGACGCCGCCAGGGACCUCCUCCUCCAUCCUCCCUACUCCUCCUCCUCCUUCGUAGGAUGGAGAGCGAGUACUUCGAGCAGCCUCUUCAAGUUCUCCUCCAACACCAUCACAUCCUCCUCCUCCUCCUCCACCUCCUCCACCUUUUCCUCUUUCCCUCCUCCUCCUCCAACUGCACCUCCUUCUUCUACUCCUCACCCACUUCAUCCUCCACCUUCCUCUCUUCCCCCUCCUCCUACUGCUACUCCAACUCCAACACCUUCUCCUACUCCGCCUCCUCCUUCUUCUCCUCCUCCACCAACUCCACCACCACCUCCUGCUCUUCCACCUCCUCCUCCUCAACCCCCCUUUCUCUCUGAACAUCCUUCACAAGAGAUCCACAAUGGACUUAUAAUGCAGAUUCCUGAAACAGACGCCCACAGACUGAUACCACCACACGCCCGCGUGACACACCCUCCCCUCUUUACCCAAACGCCCAAGGAGCUUAACCCCUCCCCUCUCCCUUCCAAACUCCACCCGUACCACUUCCCCUCGCCCUUCGCUCUUUCCCCUUUCCCCCUACCUCUUCCCUCCCCUUCCCCAACCUCUCGCCUUCCCUCCUAA